AGCGAGGCCGGAGAAGAAGAAGGGAAGCGUCGCGGAGGCAGAGGGACAGGGGAAAAGGAGGAGCCGUGACCGAGAGACGAACCUCGACGCCGAGACAGAAACUUUCAAAGAGGAACAUGAUCAUGCAGACUGGAGCGUUCUCUUGGAGUUACUUGAUUCGUGUACUGAAGCACUUUCAAUCUGUGUCCGCAAUUUCACAUGCAAAUCCUUGCUAUCAAAGACCGUUUCUUCUAUCUGCUUUAGCCAACAAUUCUCUUUCAAUUAUUCGGCGGUACUCUAGUGAAACGCAACCUUACUUAUCUGAGGACCUUGUUAAGAUCAUGGAACAGAAACUAUCAGCUAUUGAGCACAGGAGCACUCUUCUAGAAAAUCUCAUAAAUAAGCCAGAGGCCUCGCCAGCAGAGUAUUCAAGAUCUAAUAAAGAGUUGCGGAAGUUGAGGGAUUCCAUGGACCUUAUAAAUGAGCUAAGGACCAAGCAAAAGGAGAUUCAUGGGUUGAAGUCACUGGUAGCUGAAUUCCCUAAUGACAAAGACAUGCUUGCUAUGGCAACUGAGGAGUUGGGUGGGGCCAUGGAAGAAGAGAAAAGACUGCAGAAUUUGUUGCUGAGGGCAUUACUUCCUAAGGAUGAUGCUGAUGAGAGGGACUGUAUUCUGGAGGUAAGAGCAGGAACUGGAGGCGAAGAGGCUUCUUUGUUUGCAAUGGACAUAUUUAAAAUGUAUGAGAGAUACUCGCAGAAGAUUGGUUGGAAAUUUGAAGUCGUAGAUGUAACUGAAUCUGACUUGAAAGGAUAUAAAAAUCGUGCCUUUCUGUUGCUGUGUUUUUUAAAGUCUCAUUCUCCUCGCCAGGAAGCUAGUGCUGCAAUUUCCGGACCUGGUGUUUAUGGGAAGCUAAAAUUUGAAAGUGGAAUUCACAGAGUUCAGCGAGUACCUCUAACAGAGAAGUCUGGACGUAUUCAUACCAGUGCUGUAUCUGUUGCCAUACUCCCACAGGCUGAUGAGGUAGAUAUCCAGUUGAGGAACGAGGAUUUGAGGAUUGAUACUUACAGAUCUGGUGGUUCUGGUGGUCAGCAUGCAAAUACCACAAAUAGUGCUGUUAGAAUGACACAUUUGCCCACUGGGAUGACAGUAUCCAUACAAGAUGAAAGAUCACAACAUAUGAACAAGGCCAAAGCUCUGAAAGUGCUGUGUGCAAAGCUAUAUGAAAUGGAAAGGUCUAGAGUUCACAUAACCCGAUCGAAACUUCGAUCAGAGCAGAUUGGAAGUGGUGAUCGAUCUGAACGUAUUAGAACAUACAAUUUUCCUCAAGGACGAGUCACAGACCAUCGUAUUGGCAUCACUCAUCACGCCAUAGAUGAUGUUAUGCAGGGCGAGGAUCUAGAUGUCUUUAUUGAUGCUCUUCUCUUGCAGCAUGAAAUGGAUGCAAUUGCAUCAUUCGCUUCCCAAUAGAAAGUCAUUUUACGUUUUUUUAAGAACAGGAUGCUACUUUGAUGUAUCACAGGUUGUAUGUUAAUUAUUUGUAAUGUUCUAUCCGAUAUAUUCUGUCUCUUGGACUGUUUAAAAAAACGUGUCCAGCUUGAGCUGGUUGGAAACGCAGUAUGGGGAAGUUACCAAACUGGGUAACUUGUAGACUUGCAGAAGGUAAUGCGAGGGGGGUAACUUCUAUAGUUGUGCAUGUCAUUUUUCAUCUGCCUAGCAAGGAUUUCAAAGCUGACAAGAGGCCGGUGUCAGUGUCAGUGUCAGUGUCAGCUUAGCAGUAUUAGUUGCAUAAUCCAAUGGGCCCAAACUCUGAUAUGGACGUAAUAUUGAUUGUCAAGUGGAGUUAAUUUUGAAUUGUUAUUAUCGACAGCCUACCUAGAAGAAAA